AUGUCCCGUUUCCGAUGUAAAUGUCCUCAUCUUCCAAUUAUUCGCGAAGAUUUUCAAAAUCUUGAAAACCUUCCUGAUUUGCCAGAUGAACUUAUCGAACAUAUUCUUGGAAUGGUUUCUCCAACAGAAGUUAGUUUUUUUUUCAAUAUUUGGUUUUCAAGUUCAUUUUGAGCUUUUCAAAAAUAUUUUCUCAGAAAAAAAUUACAUUCAAAGAACUUUAUUGUUUACAAUUUUGUGAAUGGAGUAUUGAAAAGUUUUUUUUCUUAUCAUUUUCCAUCAAUUUAUGGCUUUUCAUAGUACAUUUUCAAGAGAAAAACAUCUAAAUUUAGAGGCUGAUUCUGAGUUGUUUUCUAUUCAAAACAGAAAAAAACGAUGUGUUUUUUGUUUUCCAAAGUACAGCAAUACACAUGACUUUCUCAAAGUUCAGAUUUUGAUUCGUUUCGCGAUCAAAACAUGAUCAUUGUUCCAAGCGAAAAAAGAUUUCCAGGUUUUUAUUUAUCAAAUGUUGAAAAACUUGAAAAUCGUCGAGUCAAUAUUUAUUUGUUUACAACAACUGUUUAUAAAUAAAUAAAAAGAAGAUUUGAGAAGAGAAAAUCACGUUUACAUAGUCAUAGUUCAUGAUUUGAUCUUAUAUUUAAUUGUGUCAAAAAAAAUAAUUGGUCAUUCACGAAAUAAAAUUAUUUUUUAAAAUUCAGAUAGUUGCUUAUGGAUGGGAUCGAGUAAGUCAAUCAGUUUCAUCAAUAAUUCAUCGAUCAAUUUGUUCAAAAACUUAUUUUUGUGCCACUCAUGAUCCAAUUUGGCGUUUGUAUUGUGCAACAAUUGGCUCUUUUGGUACGGUAUUUUUUAUUUGAAAAAAAAACAAAAUAAUUGUUUCAUUUUAAGAUGGAGCAAGUCAAAAAUUUGAUAAACUGCUCGUUCUUCUCAUCAAAAAAUAUUUAUGCCAAGUUGAACAUCUCAGUCUUCCUGUUACACUUUUCUCACACAGUAUGUUCUAUUUUUCAUCUAAUUAAAAAUAUUAAAUAUUCAACAAAAUGAUUUUUAGUUCAACAUCUUCUUAUCAAACAUUCCUAUCUGGCAGCAACAAGUGGAACAUCGUGUGCAUUUCGUUUUCCACAACCAGGGGUCGCAUUAACACAUUUAUCAAAAAUAACAAUUCAAAUUGGCGGAGAUUGUGGAUCUUUGACAUUAUCACAUAAUUUUGAAAAUUUGAGGACUUCUUCGUAAGAUUGAACUCUACAUUUAAUAUUUCAGAAUAAUAUUUUCAGAUCAAUGUGCAAAACACUUUCAGAAAUUAAUUUGGAUAUUCUAUUAUCUGACAAAGAAGAUGUGACAUGUGCUGGUUUUCGAGAAAUUUUGAGAUUUUUGAAGGAAGUUUCAUGCAACUGUAUGUUAUGAUUCGUUCUAAUUAAUUAUUAAUAAUAUAAUUUUAAUUCUAGCAACACUUUGGAAUAUUCGACUUUGUGAUGAUACAACAGCUGGUCAAGGAUGGUCAGGUCCAGCAAAUCUCAACAGAUAUCGAAAUAAAAUGUUUAUUUGUUAUGUUCGAACAAUGCUUGAAUUAUCAUUGCAAAUUAAUCGACUUGAUUUGAUUGAUAAAAGAAAAGCAUCUCCAUAUAUGUUAGUUAUGGCACAUCGUCGAACUAUUUAUAUGUUUCCAGAAUUUAAGGUGAACAAUAGGAAAAAAAUUGAAUGCUCUCCUUAAAUUUCCCCAAAAUAUUAAAAUAGUGUUUUUUUUUCAGAAAUGUCACCAAUUGAUGGUUUGUUAUGAUAUUGGCUUGAUUGCCCCAACAUUUUCUCAUGAGAAUGAUCGAUUUGAUGAUUUAGUUCUUUUCGAAGUUGAUGAAUCUCAUGUUUUAUACAAAUCAGAUUUAUUGGAAUAUCUCAAAACAGCACAUCGUAAGUCUCUCAAGAAUUAUUUCUGAUUUCAAACCAAACUUUCAAUACUCAAAAUCCGAAUUAUUUUCAGAACUUCGUGAUGUUCGUGUAGUUGUUCCUGCAACUUGGUCUUCUCGAGUUCUUCGAUGUACUCAAGGUUGUUUUUCAAAUCCAGAUUAUGCAUGUUUCCGUGCAGAUGGUUGGUAUAAUGUCCCAUCGAAAUUGCCAUUAGCUCAUUUCGAAAUUAUCGAUGCGACUAAAAAUAAUGAAGAGCAAAUCAUUUGUAUUUAA